AUGAAGCUCGCGGGAUUUCUUCUGUCCUUGACUACUACUGUGACCCAGGUCCAAAGUCUCGAGGCGCCUCUAGAAGGCUACGAAGUAGCCGAGUUCGGAUGGGAAGUCCAGUCCAGCCCCGAAGGACCUCUGCACCAUAUCAACGGUACGAUCCAAGACGUCGUCGAGUACCUCAAAGAGGUCAACCCUGCGUACGAAGUGCCGGAAGUGCCGGUCGCAGAGCUGGACAGCCGCCAGAGCUUGGUCGAGCCACGUCAGCUAAAAGUUGGCUGCUACGGCUGGGCCCUCGCGAACGCCAACGACAUUCAACAUGGCAUCAAUUACCUCAAGCGCGUUGCUGGGAAGCCAUCGAACGGGCCUGGCCCGGGGGCCUGCGGCAGAGUCAGCUGCUCGUACGACGCAGCCAUCUGGUGGUGCAACGACAACCGAGUCACCUACACCCUUCCCAGCUUCAAGAACAUCGCCGAUGGCGCCCAAAACGUCAAGAAUAAGUGCACAAGCAACGGCAGAACCUCUGGCCAGGGGUUCUUCGAUGGAAAUUGGAAUGUGAUUGUCCGGAAGGACAAGUGUUAA